AUGAAUCACGUUAAUGGACGAACUCGUGUUGACGAAAACGCCAACGCAGCCGACUCCUCUACUGUCGCAUGUUCCGAGGAACAGUUUUUCUGCGGUGUCAUAGACGGCGUUGAAAGGCUGGCGUCUUCUCGUCUUGGCCACACCGAUGACGUCGCACUUUAUCCUUCUUGUUUGCAUGAGCAAGUUCUCUAUCGAGGACUCGGAUGCAAGUCAGCCUCUCCGUACUCUACGUACCCAAUGCUGCGAAAUUGGGGGCUCUUUCGUGGUCAGAGGAAUGAGGCCGCUUUUUUUUUGCUGUGUUUAGCAUUUUUGAUACCCACGUAUAGCCUGCUGGACUCUGAACGUGGGGGGUCUAAGCGUAUCGAAUUUGAGGACAAGAAUGAAGACUUGCACGACGAGGUGGACUUAUUCCAUGCUAACGACCGAAAACUAUCGGCAAAUGAUUAUAAAAGAAAAGCGAUGAAGCAAAUGGAAGAAGUGCUUAAUGUCGAAGGAGAUUCAUGGGAGGAUGAUGGAUCGUCUGACUCUGAUUUUGAUGACGAUAGCGGUAAAGGUGUUGUUGGAAAUGAAUGGGGACAGAAGAGGAAAAACUUUUACGGUACGGAGUAUAUUGACGAGGAUUGGGGAGGCAUGCGAGAUGAAGAACUAGACGAUGCAGAGCUAGAAGAAGAGGAUGCUACUAGUAGACAGGCCGCAUUAGAUAAGGCAGUUGCUCGAGUAGCUGAUUUCUUUGAAAAAGCGCACGAGGCUGACACUUUGCAAACGGUAGUGAAAGAAACUGAACCAGAAUGGAAACUGUCAACGGUGAAGAAGCUCAACAAGCGCACAGUCGAGAUUAUUGAAGAAUAUAAUCGAAGAAGAGAUUUAAUGAAAGUUGUAGUGGAACCACUUGUUCCAUUGAUUAAACAACUUUCACAAAUGUCUAAUGUUCGUAAGCAACUAAUGCUUGUCUUCGAUGUCUAUACAACAUAUAUUAUGAAUAUGAUGUUUUUCUUGAGAUUGAAGGCGGAUUCAUUGGCUAGAAGAAAUGUUACAGAUGUGGCAGUGGAUUCUCACCCUGUACUGGAAAAGAUAGAAAAGUUUGCUAAAAUGAUGAAGAAUGUUGACGACUUUUUGAAUAAGAACGCUGGAGCUUUGAAAAAGUUGGUCAAGAAAGCUUCAAAUGGGGAACGUAUUGACAAUGCAGUAGUGGAGCCGCAAAAUAAACGGAACAGUCAGGUUUGCACUGAGAAAAAAAUGGAAGAUGAAACUGUGGACAUGGCAGUUGGUGAAAGCAGUAGUGAACUGUUGUUAUCAGAUGACAGAAGGAAGGUAAACAAAAAAAUUGAGAAGAAUUCUGUGCCAACAUUCAAAGGCAAGAGGAGGAAGAACCCAAGAAUAGCGAAGUCUGAUGAAGAAGUGAUAUUUACUGCACAGAGACAAACUCAAGUUCAAAACGAUUGUCGAUUCGUUGCAUCAUCAGUUGUUAAGAAACGUGAAUUGAUAUCAGUGUCUGGUAAAAUAUCUGAUACUUAUGAUAAGUUUUGUUAUGCCGAUGUAAAAAAAUAUGGUCGAGUUUUUGUACCUUAUUCGUCUAGAAACGAUUUUAAUAAGCCAUGGUUGGGAAAAGGUGCAGAAGUUGGAAAGACCAUUCAGAUGAAGGCAAGUUGGAUUUUUCGUCAACCAGAUAUUAAUAAUUGCCGAUAUGUUGCGUGGAGUAUUAAUAUGAAUCUGGUAGAUGAGAAGAAAGGCUCUGAAAAGGUUCCCGAUGUUGCUAAUGGUCAAAUUGGCGUCAUUGUUAUUUGUCCCGAAGAUGGUGAUUUAGCUGUAUAUUCUUCACAAUCUGGUACGGCACGCUUACCUUCUUCAUUACGAAAACCAUGGAUGAGUCUGGGAACAUGUAUUCGUUAUGAUCUUAUUAAAAAAGUUGAUGCGGAAUCUCGAGCUGUAUGGAUUGUGCGUUCUGUUGAAAAUCUUGGAUUGUUAUAUGAAGUGAUUGACGACGAGAUGGACUCAUCAAAACUGUUGUUGCGUUUGCACGCCGUCGUUAAUCGAGUUUCGCUGAAUGCGCGCAGCGCUUGGUUAUGGAAUGAUGUUAUCGGCCGUAUUUUUGUACCUGCGCAGCAGUUUAAUCAUGGAUUACGUGCAAUGGUCUGUGUAAAAUUAAUCGUAGUAUGGACUGGUUUGUUUGAAGAUGUACCAUGGAGUGCUACACAUAUUGAUUUACCUCCUCCGGUUCUACCACCAGCGGCUGCGCCUGUCAAUAGUACGAAGACGUCAACUUUGAUACCUAAACAAGCAGUUACUGAGCAAGAUUCGGUUUUCUCGCCAAUUGCCACACAUGUUGCGAACAGUUCAUCGUUACUAUUGUCGCCGGUCGCUAAUGGGACUGUGCAAGCAUCCCCUAUGCCUCAUGUGUUCUCGUCGGAAAGCUCAGAGGCAUAUUCGGAUCAGCAUAUGAUGGAUGCGUUCGAUCUCGAUUCCUAUAAGAAAACAUUUUUGCCUUGGACUGACACCGAUUUUUUGAAAUGGGCACCAAGGCUAACACCCUUACCAUUACCGGAAUUUGAUCCAUUUCCGUUAUCAAUUUCAAGAUCUUCUUCAACAUCAGCCACUAACGACGUCUCUACGCAAACUGAUGUCCUAUCAGAGCAUCAAGUUUUAGCCGAUAUUAUUAACAAUAAGGACUUGUUUGAUGUGGUGUUCAUUUCAGGUUAUAAAAUAUUUGCCACAACACUGGACUCGAUUUGUGGAUUUUAUUCGUUGGCAGAAGAGAUAAAUUGGAUUGCACAAGAUGAUGAAAUUCAUUGGCUGCAACUACAGCCUGAUAAUUUAAUUCUUUCAAAAUUGUAUGAAAUAUUUUUAAAUUAA